CUGUUAUUGUGCGCUCUGAGAAAAUUGAAAAUUACGCUUUACUCGCAAAAUUUACCACCAAAACCACGAUGAGUUGGGUCGGAGGCUUGAUAGUUAGAUCCCUGAACACCGUAUGGCAACCGCAGAUUAUGUCCGUACGUUUCCGUUAUCAUGCUGAUAAGAUAACUCGAGGUCCACUGGUGCGCCGGUAUGGUUACAAAGAGAAAAUCUUUAAAGGUGGUAUGCUACCCCACCUGGACAAUGGCCAGAAACUACCAAUGCCGGAUUACAGACCAAAAAAUGCAUGGUGCGAAAAGCGAGCCCUGUUCGGGCAGAAUGACUACAUCGACAUUUUGGGCAACGAUAGGUUACAUCCGACCAGGGUUUUGUACUCAGUUCCAUCCUGGCUGCGAGGAGUUUCGGGUAAUGAAUAUCAAGUACUGCUUCGAAAGCGGAAAAUGCUCAGUCAAACAAUCUAUCCGGUUGCACGGCCUACGAAGUGGAGAGAUAUGGAAAAGCGGAUCUCGUAUCUGUAUCGAUUCCUUAACAGGAAAACCAAAUCCGGACCCUCAAACAUCUAAAACAUGGCUAGGUUGCUUUUUUUGUUACUAUAGUGCGGAAUAAA